CCUAUGCGCAUUCAGUAUGCUCGCACUGAUUCCAUCCAGAUUAGUCGACUUAAAGGGGCUUCAGCUGAGCAACAGAAGAAGCGUGAUGAAGAGAAAGAGCGCAAGAAGAGGCGAAAGCUGGCACAGCGUGCAAUUGCCCAGGCAGCUGAGGUAAAUGCAUUGAUUUUCAAUAUACUUAUUUUCACUUUGAAUAUGAAUCUUGAUAGAAUUAAUCCUAGUAUGGAUUGA